AUGUCCCGAUCGAAAUUCACCGAAUACAAGCAGGCAGCCCGAAACUUCUGGGUGCCAGAACCGCACUUCACCGAGAAGGAUUACCCCGAUCUCACCGGAAAGACGUACGUUAUUACUGGAGGACACUCCGGAGUCGGUCUCGAAGCCACAAAACUGCUCAUUGGCAAGGGAGCCAAGGUGAUCAUUGUGGGCCGAAACAAGGAGAAGGCUCAGGACGUGCUCAAGGAGCUGCCCGAUGGCAAGUUCGACUUCGCAGAGGCGGACCUCGCUGAUCUGACCACCAUCAGCACCGCAGGAGACUACAUCACCAAGAAUUAUCCCGAGAUCCACGGUGUGAUUCUUAACGCCGGUGUCAUGACCCCUCCUUACUCCAAAACCGCCCAGGGUCAUGAGUUGCAGUGGGGAACCAACGUGGUGGGCCACCAGGCUAUCAUGAAGUACCUGACUCCCAUCGUCAUCAAGACCGCCAAGACUUCUCCUCCUGGAACCGUGCGACUCGUGUGGGUCUCUUCGUCUGCUGUCGUCAUCUCCGGACUUCCCGGAGGUAUCAACUUCGACGAUAUCAACUACGAGAAGGAAGAGAACCCCAGUCCACACGUUCUGUACUCGCAGUCCAAGAUUGGAAACGCCUACCAGGCGUACCUGUGGUCCAAGAACCAUCCCGACUCGGGCGUCAUUUCCGUCUCUGUGGAUCCCGGCAACCUCAAGUCCAACUUGCAGAGACACUCCAGCGAGUUCCUCAAGAAGGCCUUCAACUACGUCCUCUACCCCGCCCAGUACGGAGCCUACACCGAGCUCGCUGCUCUUUUGGCUCCUGAUGUCCAUGACGGAGAGCAUCUCAUUCCCUGGGGUGUUCCUGGCCAUCUGAGAUGGGAUGUCGAUGAGGGACGAAAGGGAGAGAAGGGAGAACAUUUGUGGAAGAAGCUUGAGGGGGAUGUUAAGGACUUUGUCAAAGAGUCUUACCCUUAA